AUGACUGAAAUGAUGGUUGAUGGACAAGUUACAAAGGUUGAUUCUAUAAAAGUGCAGAGUGAGAACGGUCUUUUUGGGUACGAUAGUUACACGUACUUAAAUUGGGAUGAUUUUGAAGCAGUUCUUACAAUGGAUGAGCUGACUGGUGUUGUUAUUGUGUCUUAUAUGAUGGUAUUGUUUAAAAAAAUGAAGUAUGGCUCCCCAGAAAGAGAUCAUGGAAUUUGCUUUGUGAACCCGACAUUAAUUUCACCAAGUACGCGUAAAGGGAAAUCUAAGAAUAUUGACGAUGCAAGCAGAGGUUUAGCAGAUUGGUUGUCUAAAAGAAAGGGCAAUGAAAUCAUCUUUAUGCCCUACAAUCCUGGAAGACAUUGGGUAUUGGGUGUACUCGACAUGAAAUCGGAUACUUGCUAUUAUCUAGAUUCCUUAAGUUCUGCCAAUUUCAAUAUGCAGUUGAAGCAAAUUGUUCAUUCACAAGUCAAUGGUUCUUGUCCAGUUCAGCCUGGAGGUACCGAAUGUGGCUACUACAUGCUAAGGUUCAUGAAGGAGAUGGUGGAAGAAGGAAUUGAAGUGUUGGUCAAAGACAAUAUCGGGGAUGGCAAAGUUGAGUACACAACUAAUGAUAUCGAUGAGAUACGUGAAGAAUGGUCCGAGUUUGUUACAGGCUUCAUUUAUCGAUGA